AUGAGAGGCAUGAGUCUCUACACCGACACUGCCGUGUUCUCAAUGCCCACUUACCCUUCGCAAGAUCUCCUCAUCUUCUUCCCUCCUCCUACUCGCAUCUGUCGUCCGCACUCGUUUGAGCCAUGUCAGCAGUUGCUGACGUGCACUGGACGUUUGCGCAUGGCGUUCGUGGUAUUGGGAAUGGCAUGGUGGAUGGCAUUGAUCAUUUUGUUCUUGAAAGCCGUCGUUGAGCCCAAGCCGAGCCGCGGCUUUGGCCUGGCUUGGGCUCAUGGCUCGGCCUGA